AAUCUAGAUCUUCAGACUAAGCUGGAUACAGAGGAGCGCAUUAGACAGCAUGUAGAGGAGAAGGUUGUCGGGUUUUUGGAUGCGCGCAGGCCGAAGCUCGUUGACAAUGUUACCAAGGUGAUGGACAUUGCAGACACCCUGAAGAUCCAACAACAGGAUUACUCUGAUAUCUGUGCUGCUGGGACCAACGUGGAGAAGAUGAGGGUUCUGUUCACGGCUGUAGAUUCAGGCGGGGAAAAGGUGAAAUCGGCUUUUUACAGGAGUCUGAUGAGAGUAGAACCUGAUUUAGUCCUAGACAUACUGAAAGAAGACCCUGAUCGAGUCAUAAACCUACUGGGUGAAGAACUGGGUAUAUCUCCAAAAACAGAUGUUGUUGAUGUUGAUCCACCUGAUGAACCUGGGAGUAACAGAGUUGAAAUGAUGGAGAUGCAACCUUUACUGGGUCCUGGAUCAGAGACGGAGAGAGGAGGAAGACAGGCUGUUGAUGCUCUAGAAGACCAGGAGAGAGAGGAGGGAAGACAGGCUGUUGAUGCUCUAGAAGACCAGGAGAGAGAGGAGGGAAGACAGGCUGUUGAUACUCUAGAAGAUCAGGAGAGAGAGGAGGGAAGACAGGCUGUUGAUGCUCAAGAAGACCAGGAGAGAGAGGAGGGAAGACAGGCUGUUGAUACUCUAGAAGAUCAGUUGGGAGAGGAGGGAAGACAGGCUGUUGAUGCUCUAGAAGACCAGGAGAGAGGAGGGAAGACAGGCUGUUGAUGCUCUAGAAGACCAGGAGAGAGAGGAGGGAAGACAGGCUGUUGAUGCUCUAGAAGACCAGGAGAGAGAGGAGGAAGACAGGCUGUUGAUGCUCUAGAAGACCAGGAGAGAGAUGAGGGAAGACAGGCUGUUGAUGCUCUAGAAGACCAGGAGAGAGAGGAGGAAGACAGGCUGUUGAUGCUCUAGAAGACCAGGAGAGAGAGGAGGGAAGACAGGCUGUUGAUGCUCUAGAAGACCAGGAGAGAGAGGAGGGAAGACAGGCUGUUGAUGCUCUAGAAGACCAGGAGAGAGAUGAGGGAAGACAGGCUGUUGAUGCUCUAGAAGACCAGGAGAGAGGAGGGAAGACAGGCUGUUGAUACUCUAGAAGAUCAGGUGGGAGAGGAGGGAAGACAGGCUCUUGAUGCUCUAGAA